AUGUUCCCCAGCCCCGCGCUCACACCCACGCCGUUCUCGGUCAAAGACAUCCUGAACUUGGAGCAGCAGCAGCAGCAGCAGCGCAGCCUGGCUGCCGGGGAGCUCUCCGCGCGCCUUGAGGCCACUCUGGCGCCCGCCUCCUGCAUGCUGGCCGCCUUCAAGCCCGAGGCCUAUUCCGGGCCGGAGGCAGCAGCCCCGGGCCUCGUGGAGCUGCGCGCCGAGCUGGGCCCGGCGCCUUCACCCCCCAAGUGCGCUCCGGCUUUCCUCGCAGCCCCCACCUUCUAUCCGCGUGCCUACGGCGACCCUGACCCGGCCAAGGACCCUCGAGCCGAUAAGAAAGAGCUGUGCGCGCUGCAGAAGGCGGCGGAGCUGGAACCGCGGGAGGCGGAGGGCACGGAGCGGCCGCGCGCGCGGAGGCGCAGGAAGCCGCGCGUGCUCUUCUCGCAGGCGCAGGUCUACGAGCUGGAGCGGCGCUUCAAGCAGCAGCGCUACCUGUCAGCUCCGGAGCGCGACCAGCUGGCCAGCGUGCUGAAGCUCACGUCCACGCAGGUCAAGAUCUGGUUCCAGAACCGACGCUACAAGUGCAAACGGCAGCGGCAGGACCAGACUCUGGAGCUGGUGGGGUUGCCGCCCCCGCCGCCCCCGCCGCCCCCGGCCCGCAGGAUCGCCGUGCCCGUGCUGGUGCGCGACGGCAAGCCGUGCCUCGGGGACUCGGCGCCCUACGCCCCGGCCUACGGCGUGGGCCUCAACGCCUACGGCUACAACGCCUACCCCGCCUACCCCGGCUACGGGGCCGCCGCCUGCAGCCCCGGCUACUACCCCGGGGGGCCUCCGGCCGCGCAGCCCCCCACCGCCGCCGCCGCCGCUGCCCCCAACAACAACUUCGUGAACUUCGGCGGCGUCGGGGACUUGAACGCGGUGCAGAGCCCAGGGAUCCCCCAGGGCAAUUCCGGAGUGUCCACCCUGCACGGGAUCCGGGCCUGGUAG